CGACUGCACGCGGCGAUCACUUGGCGCAGAGACCGGAGCGCGAGACGGUUCUACCUAACGCUCUCCGCCACUUUUAAAAUCUCAACAAACUAGUUUUAUUUUUCCCGAAAUGAACGAAGUAUUUUAAAAAAAGAAAGUGGAUUUGUUUUUAUCUUUUUGUCAAGAAAUAUUUAAGCUUGCUAGGUUGUAAUAUUCGCGUUUUUCGCGUGUUAAGAACCCGUAUAAGUGUUGUUGUUGUUUUUUUUUUUUAUGUUCUGGUCGCGGAUGUUUUUGGUUAUUUUUCUUUACCUCCAGAUCGAUUUUCGGUAAAGUUUUAACCUCCGGUUUUGGAGCAUCAGAAACCUUGAAGAAGACGACCGAAGAGCUCAAGCAGCCGAAAUUAUGAAGGAAAUGCGGCUGACGGAUCCUCUGAAGAAUGUGUUCGUCUUCAUUGUCCUUCUUUCCAAAGGCUUAUGUGAAAAUGACCUCUUCCUGUCAUUCUGUGGUACCUGGCACCAUGGCAACACCGCCUUGAACCUGAACGUCAACAUCUCCACCGGCUGUAAUGAGAUGCUAAUCUCAGCCAAUGAGAACUCCAUGUCCAUCAGCGGGCAGAUCACCGCCCACUGCACAAACUCUGACGUCAUUCCUCUCAACCAAUAUGGCCUGGAUACGGAGCAGGACACGGACUUCUGUGUAAAGUGGGAGCCACUGCUGGACAUGCUGCUCCUGCAGGUGGGAGGUCGGACUCUGACUCUGUGCUGGCCCACGAGGCCGAGAGACUCCUGCUGCACUGAUUUAAGCAAUGGUCAGAAAGGGAACAUUGCUACGUAUGGCAUCAAAAAAGGAUCCGUCAGAGGUGAUCUACUCGCAGAGGAAACACUGUCGACCUACAGCUUCAAUGGACAGUCCACAAGCUACGCAAAAUUGUGUUUUCAAGCAGCCCAGUCGGACUUGGAGAGCUCGCAUUUGAGCGAACGUCCCUGCGCUCACAGAUCUGAGAAGGAGCUGAAGAAAGCAGAUCCUCGAGGCUUCAGCGUGGAAUCACCCGUCAAAGCGGGUUCCUCCUCCAAGCCGGUCGUGUCCGUCUACAUCCCUCCUGCUGUGGGGAAGAGAACCCUCAAGGCCAGAAGCAAGCUGGUGGUCACUUUCUACAACAGCAGCGUCUUUCAGGAAGUCCACGACAAGGUGAAGCUGCUGAAAGAGGUGGUUGAGAUCACGGUGGAGAACGAGCUCAUCGUGGAUCUGUCCGAGCCGGUGAAGAUGGACUUCCACCACGACGCCGUGUCGAGGUAUCCGAGGAGCUGCGUGUCGUGGGACACUCGAAAAGAUCCUCUGCAGAUGAACUGGUUAAAGGACGGAUGUGUGACGAAUGAGAAGGGGCCGCGGCACACCGAGUGCUUGUGCAACCAUCUGACGUACUUCUCUGUGAUGGUGCAAAUGGAGCCUCGACCGAUGCGCCAUCUGCUGGCGCUCACGGCCAUUACAUCUGUGGGCUGCGCCGUCUCCUUCAUCAGCUGUGUUGUCCUGAUUGUCCUCCUCUGCAGAAAAAAGAGGUGCUCCAAAGAGCAGUCCUUACCCAUCCACCUGGGCCUGACCUGCUCCCUGGCCCUCCUCAGUCUGCUCUUCUUCUUCACCGGAGUCCUGGCUAAUGUGGGCGGGGAGAGUGUUUGUGUUUGGGUGGGGGCCCUCCUUCACUACGCCCUGCUCAGCUCCCUGACCUGGAUGGGGAUCGAGGUGUUCCACACCUUCUGGUUGGUCUACAUGGUCUUCAAGCCCUGCCCCAAGCUCUACGUGUGGAACCUCAUUGGUUUUGCACUUCCUGUGCUUCCUGUUGUGGUCCUGCUUGCCGUGGGGGAUAUUUAUGGACUGAGGGAGGUGUUUUCAACCAGUGACCCCCCAGAAGCUUUACGGAUGUGCUGGAUGAAGGUUUCCCAUCAGGCCCUGCUGGCUCAGGGCUUCACCACCAUGACCGUCCUGGCGCUCCUGGUCUCCUCCGGGAUGGUGAUCCUCUUCCUCGUCUUCCGGGAGAUCCGCACCAGGGACGAGUGGAAGCAGAGACGAGUGGCUUUCCUCAGCAUCUGGGGCCUGAGCUGCCUGUUUGGGUCCACCUGGUGCCUGAUCUUCCUGGACUUUGAACCUCUCUCAGACUUCAUUCACUUUCUCUUCUGCAUCCUCAACUCAUUUCAAGGCUUCUUCCUGAUGCUGAGGUUCUGUCUGCUGAACUGGAUGAGAAAACAGGCCAAAGGUUCUGGUCUCAGCAGCACCAGCUCUGGAUCCACCAGGCAGCACAUGCUGCAGGCCCAGGACAAGAGCUAGCCUCAGCCAGUGCAGGCUGCGUGUGUGUUGUGUGUGUGAAAGCGCGUUCUACUGUGGAAGGCGGCGCUCCUCGCAGAAACGGCUCAUAGCUCGUGGCAGAGAAGACGACAACCUCCAACCAGCUGGAUUGGUUAUUGAAGCACAGCAAAGCUCCAAGUGGGGCGUUUCAGUCUAAACGCUGAGCUGAAGUCAUGAAAUGACCCGGAUUCUGUUCCAAACAUCAAAGGUUUUUCAGGAAAAUGCUGCGUUCAUGGAACCAUGGUUGUAGUUUGAAAAAAAGUGAUAUAGUCAGAGAUGUUGCACCCGGAAAUAGACAUAAAUAGUUUUUUUAUCAUAAACAUUCAGCUGUAAUUAAUCAAGAAAAAGACAUGAAAUGUGUUUGACUUCAACUGUAAAGGUGUGACACCAAAUAUUCUCUAAAGUGAUGGAAAGGAGUUAAAACGAAGGAAUUUGAUCCUCUCUUCUUUUGGCCAGUAUCGGUGAAAUUCCGUGCUCUCUCAGGAAAUCCCAGCAGCCUGGAAGCUGCUGAACACAGGCUGGGAAUCCAUUUCAAAAAGGGAUUAUUGGGAACGUUUUAUCUUAGAGAUUUCUCUAAAAUCAAAACUUUUGUUGAGCUUGAACCUUAGAUAAGCUUUUUUUUUUGUAACCCUUGUGCUAUCCUAGGCACUUUAACGUUGGGUCAUCUAGACCCACUAGACAGUGCCCUGAACCUUUUUUUCUUCAAUGAUUUGUGAUCCUCACUGGUGUCCAUGGAUUACAUGAAAUCUUUCCACCUUUGUCAUGCUAGGGAGAAGACGUCAAAGUAAGGGUGGGGUCAUCUAAGAUAGCACAAGGGUUAAAAAAGGAUUUUAAAUGGAAAAAUGUUUUGAAUGUGCUUUUUUAAUUUAACCUCUUUGUAAAGCACUUUAGAUUGUCUCUGUGAGUUUCUCCGCUUUGUUGUGAUGUGCUUAGAAAUCGGUCCUGUUUUCCACGCUGUUGUUUGAAAAAGAAAUGUGAAAGUGUCAAAGCUCUGCUUAAUAAAACAUAAAUGAAAGACACAAA